GUUUUCAUUAUGCAACUCAAGAAAAUUGGAAGUUUGAUUUGAUUAUCCCACGAUCUUAUGGUUUCCGAUAACACCCCAAACCUUACGGCACUCCUUCUGGCAUUAACGUCCGAGUGAUCCCUCGCCGCUGCUCCUCAUACGGAGACAGGCGGACGGAGGUCCAAGCCGGUCGAGCUUUAGGGUUUAGCGGUUGAGGGUUUCUGCGGUGCGGCAGUAGCUGGGAUCUCUCCCUCUUCCAAUCGCUGGUCCACAUUCUGUAAGAAACUUGACGGAGAUGGCAGAUCCUUACUGGAACGCGGGUGGAGUUCCCGGCGCGCCUGCUGAGAAGAGGCAACGACCCACCUACGAUUUUGUACCUCCUGGAGCUGGAGUUGGACUUGAGGUGGGGAUGCAAAUUGGUCAAGGGAUUCCUGGUUAUUUGGUUCGCAAUGAUGGCCAAACUGCAAAUAAUGUUGUGAAGGACACUAAAUCUCUUAUGGCUUCAUAUGACCGCUAUUUACAAAAUGGGCAAAUUUCUAGUCAUGCCGCUGGAGAAUCCAGUACAAUGGCUGCUGGUGGCUUUGGUGGCACUGGCAUGCCUGUUGGAGCAGUUGCUGGGCCACCGUUGGGAGGGGUGGCUGGACUGCCUCUCAGUGAGCCUGUAUUAAUGGGUGGUCCAGGGCUUGUUCCUCCAAAUGUUCCAGCAAAUGGUCGAAACGUGAUUUUUGGUAACCAGCCACCUGUUGACCUUUCCGUAAGGCCUGGGCUUGAAGCACGUCUUCCUCCAGAUGCUUCCAAUACUCUUUUUGUGGAAGGGCUUCCACCCGAUUCCACACACCGAGAAGUAGCUCAUAUCUUUCGACCAUUUCUUGGUUACAAGGAAGUUAGGCUUGUAAAAAAAGAAUCUCGCCAUCCUGAAGGAGAUCCUUUAAUCCUGUGUUUUGUGGACUUUGCAAAUGUCAACUGUGCUGCAACUGCACUGAGCGCUUUGCAAGGUUACCGGAUGGAUGAACAAGAUCAGGACUCACCAGUACUACGGAUACAAUUUGCUCGAUUUCCUGGACCAAGGUCCGGUGGUGGCAUGGGAGGUCGUGGUAGGCGAUAAACAGAAACUUGGGCAAGAGUAUAUCUUGCUAACAUUUUGGUGUAGUUCCUCUUCAGUCAUUAUGUCCUAAUUUUCAGUGCCUUGGAGCUCAUGUUCAAUUUCUGUGGUAACAUGCAGUGUAUUAAUGUAAGAAAAUUUAGAAAAACAAUCCCAAUUUUGAUGGUUUUACAGAAACAUGCACGACUUAUGGGAAAUUACAUUUAACUGGCUGUCUAUACUUUAUACUUAA